GGGGAGGAGGGGGUGGCGAGCCCGUGGCGGACACAGGUCAGCGUUUGACCAGACCUGCCGUGGGAGAAGGCCGAUCCUGGAAGGCCGCGCCAGGGGCUUCCAGAAUGGGGACGGAAGCCUCCGCCUCAACGGAACUGUUUGCUAAGAUAAGAGGCACCGAUCUGAUCCAGGAAAAGGCCAAAGAAAAUGAUGUAGACAAAGUGUCUAAGCUAAAGGAGAGGCAGAGCAGCUGUGGCCUUGAGGUGGACUGUUCCUAUGGAGGCCUUCAAGCCAAGAUUGUGGAAGGAGAGUUGGAAUUGGCCACCUCAAACGAAGAGAAUGAGAAGCACAUACUUACCUUGCAGACUGUGCAUUUUGCCACAGAUGAAGUAGACCACCAGGAGAUAAACCAGAUAACUGUGCAGCCAGCAGAAGGGAUUCAUGUCGUGGUGCAGCAAGGAGAAAAUGGUGUACAGUCCUUGCUAGUGUUGCAGCAACACAUAAAUGUCCAGACAGAGUUAAAUGAGAUAUCCCACCACAGUUUGCACCACUGUGUUGCAAUAAGCAUUCAGGAAGAGGUCUUUUCAUUUCAUGAAGUGGAGGUGAUGGAGAUUAAUGUUGUGGAAGAAAGUAUUGAAGUUUCCAAUGAAGAAGAUAAAUUGACAGCUGACCCACCAUUAGAUGAAAACACAGAACUGAUAAAGGAUAAAAGCAAAGAUAUAUAUGGGGAUGAAGGGGAGGUCCAGCAGCUAUGUGAAGAAAGAGAAUUUGCUGACCAAAAGGAAAAUUUAUUUACUUUUGAAAAGCUCAGAGAGGGAGAAAAGGAAGAAAUCAUUCUGUUACCAGCCAACCCAAAAAUUGAAGAACAUGAGGAUAUACCUUCAUCAGAGCAAGAUAUUGAUGAGGUUUCUGAAACUGCAAAAAAUCAAGCAAAGACAAAGGGAAUGAAACAAACCUUCCAUUGUGAAAUCUGCAUAUUCACCUCUUCUAGAAUCUCAAGUUUUAAUCGUCAUGUGAAAACUCACUCUGAUGAAAAACGUCAUAUGUGUCAUCUCUGUCUGAAAGCCUUCCGUACUGUUACCCUUCUACGGAAUCAUGUGAACACACAUACAGGAACCAGGCCAUAUAAAUGCAGCGACUGUGAUAUGGCAUUUGUGACUAGUGGUGAACUUGGGCGACACAGGCGUUAUAAACAUACUCAUGAGAAACCAUUUAAAUGUUCAAUGUGCAAAUAUGCCAGUGUAGAAGCAAGCAAAUUGAAGCGCCACAUACGUUCACAUACUGGAGAACGUCCUUUUCACUGUUGUCUCUGUAGCUAUGCUAGCAAAGAUACAUAUAAGUUGAAAAGACACAUGAGAACUCAUUCAGGUGAAAAACCUUAUGAAUGCUAUGUCUGCCAUGCCAGAUUCACCCAGAGUGGGACGAUGAAAAUGCAUAUACUGCGGAAACAUAGCGAAAAUGUCCCCAAACAUCAGUGUCCACAUUGUGCUACAGUCAUUGCAAGAAAAAGUGACCUAUGUGUCCAUUUGCGAAACCUGCAUUCCUAUACGGCUACAGAGAUGAAAUGCCGUUACUGUACUGCUGUAUUUCACGAACGCUCUGCACUCAUUCAACACCAGAAAACUCAUAGAAAUGAAAAAAGGUUCAAAUGUGAUGACUGCAGUUAUGCCUGCAAACAGGAGCGGCACAUGACAGUACAUAAGCGUACCCAUACAGGAGAGAAACCAUUUACCUGCCUUUCCUGCAACAAAUGUUUCCGGCAGAAACAACUUUUAAAUGUUCAUUUCAAGAAAUACCACGAUAAAAAUUUUGUACCAACUGUUUAUGAAUGCCCCAAAUGUGGCAAAGGUUUUUCACGAUGGAAUAAUAUGCGCAAACAUUCAGAGCGCUGUGAAGUGGUAAGAGGAAAGGCUGUUCUGUCAGCAAAAGAAAGAAAAAAUAAAAAGAAAAAACAGAAGGGCCCAAAACAAGAUGUAGAGGAAGAAGUUGUUGAGCUGAUGCCAAUUGAAGAUAUUUCCAUUGUAAACAUAGAGCAUCAUACAAAUGAAAUUGUUCCUGUCAUAUGUGGAAUAGCAACAGAUGUUGCUGAAGAACCAAAACCAGAAGUGACUUGUGAAAUGAUCUGAAACAUGAUGGAUAAGUGAUGCAGAUUAAAAUUUUUUAUUUUCUUUUAGUACCUCAUUUUUAAUUAAAGAUUUUUUGAGUGUCUUAGUUCUAAACAUGACAUUAGUACAUGGUUAUGAAGAUUGAUUUUUAGAGAACUUUUCAGAAGUUUGUAGUGGGGCCUAGAAUUGCAUACUUACUACGAUAAUAUAAGGUAUUUAGAAAUCUGUUGAAGUUAAUUUUAUUCAUGCCAGUUUUGUAAAGGGCUUACAAUUCUGAGUCAGAACAUCUUAACUUCAAAGGCAUUAAACUCAUUCAGGUUAUCACCUUAGCAAUUCAUAGUUAAUAAAGAAUGAUAUAAGAGUUCCUCUUGAUGUUAGACUAGAUUGAGUGUGAUCUUAUGGAGCAGGUAGUCAAAGCCUGAAUUUUUUCUAUUUAUUUAGAUACAUGUACCCACAGUAUUUCCAAACAGUCCAUGUUAUUUAAAAUGUAUAGCACUUAGAAAAAUUUAUGGACCUCCUCUGUAAAAGCUGACACUGCCAUGAACCUUAAAUUAUUAUUUUUAGUGAUAAUGCUUUUAUUUAAUUCAUUUUAAACUACAUGGUAGUUUAAUUUCCUGUUAUGAAAUAAUUUUUAAAAUGACUCCAUAUGAAAUGGAAACAUGAUAAAAAAAAAAAGAUUAGUCUAGAGAACAAUGAAGAAUAUACGCGGAGGUUUAAAAGAGAUUUACUUUUUAGAAUUUUUAUUAUUAAUUAUGUUUUAGGCUGAUGUGAAACUCCCCUAAAUUCAAUAUCAGAUAGCUAAGCUAUCACCUACUUACAUAUCAGUUCAUACCUAUAUUGUUAUUUAAGCUGCUUUAUAUUUAUA